AUGAACCACCACAAUCCACCACCACCACCCAUUAACCACCAAUCCACCACCCAACUCCUCAAACAAACCACCAGAAUCUUUACUUCCCACCUCCUCAUCUUCCUCUUCCUCUCCUCUUUGAUCUUCACCUUCCGUUCUAACGUCGAAAACGGUACCCACUACCUCACUUCCAUUAUCGACCGUGACCCUUCUCUCAAAUCCCUCCUCUCCCGCCUUGAUAUUUCCGGUCGAUCCCAUUUUCCCCAACGCGACCACCACAAUCACCAUCUCCUCCGCCACCGCCGCCGCCGUCCUUUCCUCCACCUCUCCCGAGUCGGCACUCUCGAUGACGAUUUCUUCUCCGGCGAUGAUGACUAUGACCGCUCUCUCUUUGGGUCCAACCCCAAAACCCAUCUCAAUGGCUCCUUUCUAAUUCUCAACCCCAAAUUAGGGUUUCCGAAUGACAUUACCGAUAAUGGAAUUCGGUUUUCUGAAAUAGUCCGUUCAGGGGUUUCUUUCAAAGCUCCUGAGCAGUCUGUAUACUCUGAAGUACUGAAUGAAACCCAUGAUGUGGGGAGGGAAGAGGCAGAAGGUAACGAUGGUGAAAGAAUAGUUAAUUUGCAGUUCUUUAUCCGGGGGUUGGAGUUGGGUCGCCGGGAUGCGAUCGCAUUGUUAAUUCUUGUGGGGAGUUUGUCUGUUGCUUAUGGGUAUGUGAUUUUUGGGUUUUUAGUUAUUCAUGCUUGGGUGCUUGGAACUGUUUUCUUUGCUGUUGUGAAUGAUUUGUUAGGGAAGCACAGGUCGUUCUUUCGGUCAGUGUGGGUUGGUUCCAAUUUGGGUUUGAAAAGGCUUUCUGGGUUUAUUCUUAUGAGGUGGGCAGUAAGAGAUGCAUUGACUCAGUUAUUGGGUAUUUGGUUCUUUGGUGAAAUUGAGGACCAGUACUCGUUCUUCAAGAUUUUUGUGAGGUUGAAGUUAAUGCCAUUUUCAAUAAUGUCUCUGUGGGUAAAAGGACAUGAGAGGGAGAGUGUGGGGUUCUUGUUGUCAUGGUUCUUCUUGGACACGGUGGUGGCGUUUAUUUUUGCUGUGGAUGCAUGGGUUGCCAUUGUGGACUCAAGGAGGAGUGGGAGGGAGGUUGUGAAGGAAGGGUGUCAUUUGUUGUCGACAAUGCUAAACCCUGCUAUUGGCAUCAAAUGUAUGGACGGGAUUAUUUGUGGGUCAUUUAUGAGAUGGAUACUGACCAGAUUUUUUGGGAAAUUGUUUGCCUUUGCUUUCCAAUCUGUGAUGGAGGUUUAUUUUAUGGUGGCUUGGCUGAUAUAUUACUUUGCUGCGAGGUUGAUUAAGCACUGCCAUUGUUUUGGUGAUUUCACCAGCGAUGCGUUGUAUGUACUUCUUCUUGAUGCAAUUUAG